AUGGCUGUCGACCGCGACCCCUCCGACGACCCGUCGGGCAACCCGUUCGUCCGGUUCAAGAACCACGUGGACAACAACAUCCACAGGGGCUUCCAGGCCAUCGUCCAGUCGACCGUGUCGACCGUGUCGACCGAGACGCAGUACCAGUACCAGAACGACGCCCCACCCAACGGCAACAGGAGUAUCACCACCACCACCACCACUAGCCUCGACCGACCCACCCCCGCGCCCGCACCCCCCGCACCGCGCGAGGCAGUCCCCGCGGCCGACGUGCUCGAGUGGGCGGCGACGUCGCCGUACUCGCCGCUGAACCUGCAGACGCUGGCGCAGCCGCGGCCGCGCGACGCCCCGCGGGGCUGCGCCGACUGCUUCACGUUCCGGGACGCGUUCGAGGACCUGCUCGGGGCGGGGGCGGGGCAGCCGGCGGCGGACCUGCAGCAGCUGCUCUUCGCGCGGCGCUUCGAGCGCGCGCGCCAGUUCCCGGGCGACGGCCUGCCCGUCGGCGACUGGGCCGCCGACCUCGCCCGCCGCCGGCUCUGGGACGCCUACUUCUCGCUCUCGCCCCCCGCCCGCCGCGAGCUGGCCCGCCGCCGCGGCGCCGACGCCUUCCCCUGGGGCUGGCCGCCCCCCGCCCGCGACGCCGUCUUCCGCACCCCCGACGUCUGGGCCUGGCCGCGCGCCGAGCUCCGCUUCUUCGGCGGCGACCGCGACGGCUGGGACGAGCGCCCGCACGCCUGGACGGGGCGGCACGGCGCGUGCCAGCGCCGCCCCGCCGCCGAGGCGUCCCCGCGCCGGGAGCCCGACUCCGAGGGCGACCUGUACGAUGCGAUUCAGUCCGACUUUGCGACGGAUAGUCGCGCGGGGGCCAACGCAUCCCGAGCGCGGGUGGCCGGGAGGGCGAGCGCAAACACGAGCUGGGGCGACGUCUUCGCACACGCGGAGGAUACAACACCGGGGACACACACGAUCUCGACGCCGGACGGCGGUAAGAUCGUGAAGACGGUGCAGCAGCACAACGACAAAAGGGGGGCCGAGGUCACGACGACGACGCGGCAGUACGAUGCGGACGGCAACCUGGUGGGCCGGGGUGAGUCGACGACGCGGACGUGGUCGCGCAUGUUCCCCGAGGACAGCGCGGCGUCGGGCGUGGAGUCCGUCACCUCCUCCAGCGUCAGCGAGGACGCAGACGGGGGAUCCACGGCGCGCAUGCAUAAGAAACUAGGCGGUUGGUUCUGGACAAAAUGA